CACACACACACACACACACACACACACACACACACACCUGUUGUGUAAUAUGAUAUAUGACAGGUAUGUAGAGAUUUGGUACAUUAUUGUGUGUAGAUUUGCAGGUGAAGGUGGAUCCUAACACUGAAGGACAGAGAGAAGUAAAACUGACCUGUAGUUUCACCUGCAGUCUCAGUCCAUACAAUUUCCACUGGUACAAGAAUGGCCAAAAGUUAAAAACUACAAAUGACAACUUCAUUGUCCUCGACUCGACUAGUCUACAUGAUGAAGGCAGCUACUCCUGUAGGGCGUAUGAGAGUGAACGUCGCUCUCCUCCAGUGUGUGUAAUGAGUAAGGCGUGUUGGCGUGUGACUUACACUCCUGAUCAUGUGUGUGCUCUGAAAGGCACAUCGGUUGAUCUCUCCUGCUCUUAUACGCACCCUGCAGAACACACAGUGAGAACAUCAGUGUGGUUCAUUAAACAGAAGGCUGAUGAUGGUCCUGUAGAUGUGAGAGAGGGUGAGGAGUAUCAGGGCCGAGUGCAGGACACACAGAACUCUCAGAAUAACUGUAGUCUGAGAAUCACUAACCUGAGAGAGACAGAUGCUCAAACAUACAGAUUCAGAUUCUACACUGAUGGAUGUGAUUACACUGGAGAACCUGGAGUCACUCUGUCUGUUACAGAUCUGAAGGUUACAGUAUCAGACUGGAGAAAUGGGUAUAAAAAGCUGAGCUGCAUCACCACCUGCACUCUGUCUAACAAUCCCACUUACAUCUGGUACAAGAACGGACAGCGUGUUCCUGACCAGAACAGAAAUGAACUGGAUCUGGAUGGCAGCAGUGAUGGCAGCUACUCCUGUGCUGUAACAGGACAUGAGAAUCUUCACUCUCCUGCAGUCUAUUCCCCUAAAAACACCAGUGCAGAGGUUCUCCCAACUGGAGACCCAGUGGAGGGAGAUUCAGUGACUUUAAGCUGUAGCAGUGAUGCAAACCCUCCGGUUCUAAUCUACUUCUGGUUUAAGCAGAAGGCAGCUGCAGACACACUGCUAACAACAAGCCAGAAUUACAGCAUCAGCAACAUCAGCUCUCAGCACAGUGGACUCUACUACUGCACUGCUCACAACCAGCUGGGACACCAUGAAUCUACACCUGUACACCUGAAUGUGUUAGGAGGAAGAGAAGAGCAAACAGAGACACUGACUUUCAGAGGGCUCCGGCACCUGAAGGCGACACAUACACAACACUGCAGCUCAUGACGAUGUCCCCAGAUUAUGAUACUCUGCAAAAUAUUAAAAGCUCUGUCAAGAGCCAACAAUGAACCCUGCAGCCAUGUCCUUAAUUAUGACACACUGAUGUGUGUGGCUACUCUGCUCAGUCAGGAGAAUAUUAUUCAAAAAUUGACUUUUAGUUCACAUUGAGGAUCAUGAACACUACAGGAAGUAUGCAAGAGGUUAAGAAUAUGAGUUACACAGCAUCAAGACAUCAUAUUGUUAUUGAAGCAUCUCCUUUUUUUAAUUGUCUUUUCACAUUUUUAUAUAUCAAAUACAAGCACAUACAUAUAUAAUGUGUUAAGUGGCCUUCCUUUUUGCUCUAUAUUCUACCACUUCAGCUUUUUCUCCUCCUUGUUCAUUCACAUGCUUGAUUUCAGUUCAUGUGCACAUUGUUUCAGGCAGUUCUGUUCUGUUAAUCUCAUUUUUAUUACUCUAUUUUUAUCUUUAUUUUCCAUAAACAUUUUAUAGCUUUGCUGUUGUCUGAUCCUGUUUGUUGUUUUCAUGUGCUGUAAAACUGCACUGAAAAUCUGGUUAAUGAUGAUAACUGAUAAGUAAGCAGUUUCAACCUCGUUUAAAUAAAAAACUUACAAAAAGAAUAUCAUAAAAUGUAUGAGUUUAUAUAUCAAGUGUCAUGACUCAGGGGUUUUUGUAUUUGUAGUUAUUUUCUUUUACCACCAGAUGUCGCCUUUGCUCCUUCCAAAUGCUCAAUUGGCUCACCUGUUCCCAAUCUCCCACAGUCUAUAUAAGGUCCUUCUUUGUGGUAGCUUUUCACUUGCUUCCUAAUGUUGUAUGGUUUACUGAUAGUGGUUUGUUUCCCGUGUCCCCAGCAUCGUUUCAAUUGGCCUCUUUUAAAGUUUUCAAUAUAUUUUGCUUUUCUCUGCUUUUUUCUAGAAAAAGUAAUUGAGACAACUCUUCUUGAGUUCUUUAAGAAGAUUUUCGGUUUAAUAUUUUAUUUCUUGUCUUCUUUGUUUAUACUUGUUUUUUACUUUAUAAUCAAUACAUUAUGAAACCUUCCACCUUUUCAUUGAGUCUAUCUCUGAUUAGGUUCAUAUGCCGCUCUGUGCCACAUCUUUUAGUGGGUUUGUCUAUGAAGCCAUUGACCCUGGUUUAACUGUUUCAUAAAGAAAAUUAAAUCAUAUAAAAGAGUAUAUGUUUCUUAUUAUAGUUUUAAUACAAGCAUGAAUUUAAAGUAUAUAAAUUAGACAGUAGAUGCAAAAACACAUUGUUUAGAAAUUAUUUUAGUCAGGUGCAGGAAUAGUUAAAUGCAGUUCAAAGAAUAUGUAAUAUAAACUCUUUAUAUUUCUCAAAUUCAAUGUCACAAAUCAUUAUAAAUGACAAUUUCCUCUGCAAAUUAGUAGCGUAAACAUGUUAGCAUUUGUGACUGAAAUUAUAUCAUUGUGUUUGAGGCUCAUAGGCUGUUGCUAUGUGGUUGCUAUACUAAAUCUGUUGGCUGCUCGAUAUUAAAAUGGGUUACAAACAUAUUUCUCAAUACUUGUGGACUGUGCAACCUCCAGACUAAAAAUUCUGCACACUCGUGGCACAACUCUCAUCUGAGUUGUAAAAUAAUAGUCACUUCAGCAUCCUCGUUGUUGUGAAGAGCACAAGAGCAGUGAAGUGUGGCAGCAAAAGCCCACACAGUGAACAUCUUCUAUGGUCCUCAUACUUGUGUUGAUCUUUUUCUCUCAUUC